AGGACACAGAGAGAGAGAGAGAGAGAGAGAGUUGUGUUGGUAGUGGUGGUGGUGCUAGUGAUGGGAAGACAACCUUGCUGUGAUAAGCUAGGGGUGAAGAAGGGGCCGUGGACGGCCGAGGAGGACAAGAAGCUGAUCAACUUCAUUCUGACUAAUGGCCAAUGUUGUUGGCGUGCUGUGCCCAAACUUGCCGGACUUCGUCGCUGUGGGAAGAGCUGUAGACUCCGGUGGACCAACUAUCUUCGCCCCGACUUGAAGAGAGGUCUUCUCAAUGAAGCUGAGGAGCAAUUAGUCAUUGAUCUCCAUGCUCGUCUUGGCAAUAGGUGGUCCAAAAUUGCAGCAAGAUUGCCUGGAAGGACUGAUAAUGAAAUCAAGAAUCACUGGAACACCCACAUCAAGAAAAAGCUUCUCAAGAUGGGAAUUGAUCCUGUCACCCAUGAACCCCUCAACGAAGAAUCGAAGCCAACCGAAGCAUCAUCAACGUCAUCAUCAUCGCGCGCGGAUCAUUCGCCAGAAUCUAAAAACAAUCAUUUGCAAUCACAGAAAACUGACAAUGGAAUCCCCAACUCGGAGGAGAACUCAUCGUGCUCGCCUCUGACUGAGAACUGUUCAGGCGAUGACCCGUUGAUGAGUAGUUUCUUGUGGGGGAAUGAAAGUAUUCCUCUAGUUGAUGGAUCAUGGGAGUUUCCAAGUGAUGGACUAAGCUUCAACGACAAUAAUAUUGGGCUGCCAUCUUGGGAUGAAGAUUGUGCGUGGCUAUUGGACUGCCAGGACUUUGGUAUUCAUGAUUUUGGUAUUGAUUGCUUCAGUGAUGUUGAAGUCAUCAAAACGUUAAACACGUUAGAGAUGGGCAAUAAGCAAUGAUUAAUGGGAAAGAGGCCUCCCUCGUCCAUUAAUUGGACUCGAGUGCCCAAUUAAGGAGAUUGUAGGUUUACUUCACUUUGCACUUAUUUCUGAACCCUUCAUUUCACUUGAUUAGAUAUCGAUAUCUAUUUAAACAGAUAUCAGUACUUUGAAAUGGGUUCGAGAUAGGUCCACCCACAGUCCCCUCAAUUGGACACUAGAGCCUAAUGAAUGGACUAGAGGAGGAAGCCUUAUCCUAAUUAAUAUAUGAAACCAUGGUGGAAUGAGAGGAAACAAAAGUAUUUAAGCUUUUACUAGUGCGCAUGCUACAAAGUAUCAUGUCUGGCCCAAUUUUAGAUUCUCAAUUUCUUAGUUCUGUUUGAUUUUGUCAACAAAUGUUACAGAAUAUCCUUGGUGGGUCGAAAUGAAACCUUGUUUGUUAUAGAGAGGUUUCUCACCAACCAAAUCAAAAGUAUAUGAAGCCACCAAACUCAUCAAAUCAAUUAAAGGUCAUAUAGAACUUGGUCUCCUUAGAAAAUGUUGUUGUACUCAGUAUAUGUAAAAGGUAGAGAGGCACAUUUGGACCUACGAAAAUGUUAGAUGGGCCUUGUGAAUGUGAAAUCUUUUGUAUAUAAAUGUAUUUAUGUCAAAAUCAAUAAGAAGAACAUAUUUGUUUUGUUGUGGUUU